GAAGAAUAUGCGAAACUUCAAACUCACCGAUAUCAGUUUGAGCUUAUGAGACAUUAUCCUUAUAUCACUUGUUUUAACAAAUCUGCUCUCAGUUUACUUAAAUGUGUGGUGGAUUUUUCAUGCACUAUUGCGGCAGUUUCCAUAUUCAAGUUUUCUAAAUCUACGCAGAAACACGUCAUUUAAAAUUUUUCCAGAGAGACAAAUCUGUUUUGCUACAUUUGGCUGAAACCAUCAGUUUCUACUACAUCAGUACAGUUUACAAUUAUAUCUGCAGAGAUGGAGGUGCGUGAUCAGUGCGUGGCGUCGGCGGGACGGGCGAUCAUGGAUCUCAUUCAGUCUGAAUGGGAGCCGCUAUCUCAUUGGGAGCUUGAUCAACGUCUGGAUCGGGCAGUUGAAGAAAUGAUAGAGGCUGACCUUAUGGCUCAGGCUCAGUCCUCUUCUGUUGUCACGCAAGAGUCCCAACAGGAAGAUUUAAAGCCAUUACAACAGCCGCCCGAGAAGGGUACCUCGGCUUACGAGUCUGAGCACCGUGCACAGGCUGCAGAAGCCGCAGAGGCAAACCCAGCAGUACAACAUAUAACUAAUCUUCUGCAAAGGUCCAGUUCAAACCACAGCAAAACCCGAUUGUCCGGUAGAGCUCGGUUGUCCUUGUCUCACACUGUCCUCCUGUCGCUCACCCUCCUAUACAAACGCAUCAGCUAUCGCAAUGUGUCUGCAAAUUUCCAUCUGGAAAAAGGAAAUAUUCACAGGAUCUUCUUUUCUUUCUGUGACAGAGUGAUUGCAUUACAGGAUCAGCUCAUCAAAUGGCCAACAGGACAGGGGGAAGUACAUCUGCUUCCUUUCUCCAGUUGGCUGGGUCACAACGAAGGCUUGGAAGAGAGAGGUCUUCCUAAAGUGCUUGGGGUACUGGGCGACACAAGCAUACCCAUUCGCCUACCCACCGGCAAGCCGGAGUGUGAGAGCGACCCUUCUGAAGCAAAGAGACUUAAGAAUGACCUAGAUCCAGAUUCAUGGCUGAACUUGGAACUGGUCAUCAAUGGUGACGGCCGCUUUAUUUACUGCCACAUCAGCAAAGGCUCAGAAAAAGACAGAGGGCGUGCAUUACUUGAAAUGCUCCAGCAAAAUCCUGAGAUGGUGCCUCCAGGGACCUGCCUGAUAGCCGAUGUUGGAUACCCACUCACGGGUCAAAUACUUACUCCUUUCUCUGCAGGACGAAGCCCUCAGGAAAACCUUUACAACAGAUCUGUGGGGAUCCAUUUGGGCCGUUUUGAGCAGGCGUUAGCCGACCUAAAACAGCGAUUCCAGAAAUUGCGAUAUUUGGAUAUGGGGAACUAUGAUAGGGCGAAAGUUGUGGUUUUGACUGCUUGUAUAUUAAACAAUGUUUUUCUGGACAUGGGGGAUGUGACAAAGGGACUGAUAGCGCAAACCACAAAAGAAGAUGUAACGGAGGAGGUAACAGAUGAUGCGGCCGGGGUGGCCAUGAGGGACACUGUAGUAAAUCUUCUUUACAGCACACUGGAAGCAGAAACGCAUUAACCUUUUGAAAUAAUUGUAAGCUUUAAUGUACAAAGUUAAUGUAUAGCAUAUCAAAACCAUUGUAUGACUAAUGUUGCAAAGUUUCUGAAAUACAUGGAUUGAGUGUAAGUGGUAUAAAAUGAAGAAAAGUUGCAGGUAAACAACAUCUGAUGAACACAUUUUGU